CGUGGUAGCAUACUUCAGGGCCCUGGUUAGAAAAUAUCCCAUAUCGCUAAAGAACUAUAACACAGGAGCGUUUAUAUAAGCGAAAGAAGCAGCAAAUGAUUGUCCCUUCGGGGACAUCCGAUAAAAUUGGAACGAUACAGAGAAGAUUAGCAUGGCCCCUGCGCAAGGAUGACACGCACAAAUCGAGAAAUGGCACUUAAAUCUUCCAUUGAAAUGGAGAACACCAAUUACGACGAGGAGCUGAAGAAUGAUUGCAGGCUUGUUUGCAGUCUCAUAUACGAUAUUAAUUGCAGAAAAGAACGGUUGUCCCAAAUGGAACGUGAAUAUAACGAGAUGACCGCAACUCUUCGAGGACUCAUCAAUGGCCUCAUAGCAAAAAUUAACUCCAAGGACAGUAAUCUGUGGGGUUGGGAGCUUCAAUAUAAUGUAACCGUGAGACAGUUGAAGGGCAAGAAUGCUGCGUUGCGCCUUUCGUUUGCUGAAGUUUACAGCAAGAAGAAGAAGAAAAAGAAGACAAACGGCAACGUUAAGCCAUUUUCAUCCCAGCCGAAAGAGAAUGUGCCUUGUCGAGAUCUUGUUGAACUCGAGAAAACUACGAGCGAUCAGAUUGCUGCUCUAAAGGAACAAUUGGAGGAAACAUCAGAGGCGUUGAAAGAUAUGGAAAGCCGAUACAGUUGUCUUACGGUGAAACAAAUCUUAAUUAAUCGAGAACUGCAAGAUGCUCGAAAAGAAUCAAUAAGUGGUCUAAAUGAUGUAUUGACAAGCCGAACAACUCUUGUAGUAAAAAGAAUGGGAGAGAUCGAUCGAAAAGCUUUUGAAGUUGCUAGCUCUGGGAAGUUCCCGAACAAAGAUUGGCAAGAAACAUGUGCUAAAUUAUGUUCAUUAUGGCAACAAAACGUGCAGGAUCCGAAAUGGCACCCGUUUAAGAUGAUCAAUAUCCGAGGCAACUUGCAGGCAUGGUGCAUACACCAACUAUUCUGUUAUCCGGUUAUCGAAAAUCCAUUUUUUUACUAAACGUGCUAAACAUGUAUGUCAGAAUCGAGCCAGUUUAUUACUCAAACUUAGAUAUAUUAAGGGGAUGGCUACUCGGUAGUGUAGGAAAUAGUAGACCAAGACGAUGAGAAGCUGAAGGAGUUGAGAAAUGAAUACGGUGAUGUCGUGUACGAGGCUGUUAGCACCGCAUUGAUGGAAAUGAACGAAUAUAAUGCGAGCGGAAGGUAUGCAGUCAUUUAAGCUAGCUGAGUGACCUACAAUCUAGUUUAUCAUUUUUAAAUAUUUAGUCUAUGAUUUUUUUAUUUUUUUAAGGAUUUGUGACUUUUCUUCCAAUAAUAUAUCUCCAAAAUUCUAACUUAA